AGCAAAACCAAAGUCUCUCGAAAAAUGGCCGUUGCUGUGCGACUGGUGGAAGUCCUGACCCUGAUCACCAUAUUGGGCCUGAUUACCUGCCUAAGCCUCACCGUGACCCUGGCCGAGCGUGCUAUCAGUUUGAUCAUGACGUUUCUUGGGCCAGCAGCGAGUAUGGUGCAGUUUGGGUUGCUUUUUAUUGAAAAAAUUCUGGUGUAUGCCCUGCUCUCUAUAUUGGGUUUUGUCAAGACGGUGAUCGCCACUCUGCGUGUAACUGGUCUGGCCUGAGCACCGCUCUCCCCCCUGUCAUUCCCGCAUUUC